AGGCAGAUUUCACCCGGACUCGCGCAGUGUCGGCCCGCUCUCUGUGUUGUUGUGAAGAGGUCGAUCAUGGCGUCUGGCUCGGAGGUAUCUGCGCCAGUCAUCAGUGAUGAGCCUGCCGAAACUGCAGCAUCCCAGAAGAGAGAGGAAAGGCUGAGAAAAUUCAGAGAGCUUCAUUUUAAAAGGAAUGAGGCUCGUAAGCUGAAUCAUCAGGAAGUGGUAGAGGAAGACAAGAGGCUGAAGCUUCCCUCAAACUGGGAGGCUAAGAAAGCCCGACUCGAGUAUGAGCUCAUGGUGGAUGCAAAGAAAAAGGAAUGUGCCGAACGUGGGGAGGACUACGAGCGUGUGAAACUGCUCGAGAUCAGCGCCGAGGAUGCUGACCGCUGGGAGAAGAAGAAGAAAAAGAAAAACCCUGACCCCGGCUUCUCAGGAUACGCAGAGGCCCAGCUGAGGCAGUACCAGAGGCUCACCAAGCAGAUCAAGCCUGAUAUGGAGGGCUACGAAAGACAGAGAGAGGAAUAUGGUGAAGAUUUCCACCCCACCUCCAACAGCCUGAUUCACGGAACCCACGUACCUUCUAAAGAGGCCAUCAACCGCAUGCAGGAGGACGUGGAGAAACAAAUUGAGAAACGUUCCAAAUACAGCCGCCGCAGAGCGUACAACGAUGACGCUGACAUCGACUACAUCAAUGAGAGGAACGCCAAGUUCAACAAGAAGGCUGAGCGCUUCUAUGGCAAAUACACCGCGGAGAUCAAACAGAACCUGGAGAGAGGGACAGCAGUGUAAACACCAGUACUGUCACCAUGGACUUCAUUCUUCUUCUAUAUGGCAAGCAGUUGUUAGAUAAAGGGGACAAACUUCUGUUUUCUUGUGUGGUUUUAGUCAGCGUACCUAAACUAUAGAAACUACUAUGGCCUGUGUAUUAUUUGAUAUUAUGAAAGAUGCCUAUUAUACUUAUUAUUUUGAUAUGAAUGCUGAAGGUGUCGAGUAAAAUGGAUGCUUACUUUCUCUCUGUUCUGUUGUGUGAAACCUUCCUGCUACACAUUUUUUGAAUAAAAGAAAUUUCCAUUUUUAAA